AUGGCUGCAUCAGAUAUUCUGAAGUAUUUGUAUUACCAAAUAUGUACCCUACUCGGUGUUUUAAAACAAUCAUAUUGUGAAGAAACCGUUAGAGAUGGACUUCGGCAGUGCACGAAAGCUGUGCGAAAUAUAAAAUAUCAGUUGAAAACUGUCAAGACAGUCGGCGAAAAGCAGCAUCUAUUGACACAGCUGGCCCAAAUAAAAUCCUUUAGAUGUCAGUUUAAGUCCUUAAAGAAGACGGGUGCCAGCUGUUCUACCGACCCUAAGAAAACUGUUAAGCAUCACGUCCAUUGGGAUGAUUCAGCUAAUGCAUUUGAUGGACGUAUUCGAACAGGAGUCAUCACAAAUAUAAAGCAUAAGGACCCCAAGGAGUUCCUCAAGGACAGCUUCGCAGUAUUAAGGUCAACGCGGCAUUCAGCGGACAGUUUCGGUUGCAAAAAGCCGAUAGAAUUCUUGAGGAGCCAAAAACAUGUAGUGACACCGAUUUCUACGGAGCUCGAUGAAUUCCAGGAGCGUGAUAUUGGUUGGGCAUUAAAUUCAAUAACCAAUUUGGGAAUCAAUAUAAACAAGUUCACGCCACAGCUGGGAUCAUCGUACAUCAACUUACCUACAUCAAUUAAGAAGAAGCAGGCAUGCGUCAACGUAAAAAAUGGUGACGACGCCUGCUUCGCGUGGGCGGUGACAUCGGCCUUGUAUGCAGUUGAUUUUCGAAAUCACCCCGAUAGGAUUUCGUCUUACCCUCAACCCUCAUCGGUUCUAAAUUUAAAAGGUAUCCAGUUCCCAAUGACAAUGAAGCAGAUACCCAGGUUUGAAAAGCAAAACGGGGUAUCGGUCAACGUUUACAUACUUAAAAAGAUGUCGAAAGGCUUUACUACCCUCCCGACAUACUUAACGAAGAACAAAAAAGAUACGCAUGUCAAUCUGCUUUUAAUACAAGAUAUGUACGCUGAUGAGGCUGAGGAUGAGAGUACUACAUCUGCGAGAUACCACUACGUCUGGAUAAAGGAUCUAUCGCGCCUCUUAUCGUCUCAACUUAGCGAACAUCAUGCUAAGAAAUACUUCUGCGACAGAUGCUUACAUUACUUCUACACCCAAGAGAAGCUAGAUAUACACUACAUCGACUGCAAAAAUCAGAAUGAUUGCAGGGUGCGAUUACCUCCGGAAGAUCAAAAAGACCUAAAAUUUAAAAACUAUAAAAAUAAAGAAAAGGUCCCCUUUACCAUCUACGCCGACCUCGAGAGUGUUCUGAUAGAGGAGGACUCCGGCAACAAGUACCAACGUCAUGUGCCUGCUGCCAUAGGCUACUACGUAAAGUGUUCAUACGAUCCGUCAUUAUCAUUUUAUAGAUCUUAUCGUGGUGAGGACUGCAUGUCUUGGUUCGCUCGCGAAAUGUCUGCGUUCGCCGAGGACGUAGAAACAGUUUUCUUAUGCCCUUACAAUAUUUCCAUGACAUCAGCGCAAGAAGCUGAAUUUCAUAAAGCCACUCAUUGCCACAUCUGUGAACAGCCGUUUAAGCCAGAGGACGUUAAAGUCCGCGACCAUUUUCAUUUGUCUCCGGAAAAUAACUAUAGAGGCGCCGCGCACAGCGGGUGUAACAUUAAUUACAAGGAUGGGGUUGUUAUACCUGUUGUCUUUCACAACCUGAGCGGGUACGAUGCACAUUUUAUUUUGGAAAAUAUCGCGAAUGACCUGCCGGAUACGCUAUCAUCAUACUUAACCGAGUUUCCAAAUUUAAAAUCAGAGUUUUCUGAACUAGCCGACGAUGAGUUUACUUUAUUAACGAAAAAGGGGGAGUAUCCGUAUGACUUCAUGGAUAGCUUUGCUAAAUUUAAUAUCCAGUCUCUGCCGGAACAGCCGCACUUUUAUAACCGUUUAGAGGACAAGAACAUUUCGUCUAAACAGUUCGCGCACGCACAAAAAGUUUGGAAUACAUUCAAAAUUCAAAAUUUAGGUGAGUACACGGACUUAUACAUGAAAACGGACAUUUUACUUUUGGCUGACGUGUUUGAGCAGUUUCGCAGCAGUUGCCACAAGACAUACGGUCUUGAUCCGGCUAAUUACUACACCCUACCUGGAUACACCUGGGACAGUAUGCUGUUUAAGACACGCCAGACAUUAGAACUUUUGACCGAUAUCGAUAUGUUAAUGUUUAUCGAACGGGGAAUUCGCGGAGGGCUAAGUCAAUGUUCUAAGCGAAAAAGCGUAGCAAACAACAAGUAUCUUUCAAAUUUCGACCCGAGUAAACCGGUAAAGUAUUUAACAUAUUUUGAUAUCAACAAUCAAUACGGUUGGGCUAUGAGCCAGUACUUACCAUACGGCGGGUUCGAGUGGGUAAAUUCCAACAUCGACGUCACCAACGUAUCCGAUACUUCUUCUGAAGGGUAUUUGCUUGAAGUUGACUUGGAAUAUCCGACUCAUAUACAUGACUUACAUCGCGACUUGCCUUUCUGCCCCGAACAUAGCGCUCCCCCCGGAUGUAAAAAUUUUAAACUUUUAGCCACCCUUCAUAAUAAGACGCGGUACGUUAUUCACUACAGAGCUUUAAAACAGGCAUUAAAGCAGGGUCUUAAGCUUACAAAAAUUCACCGCGUAUUGAAAUUCAAACAGUCUCCAUGGCUUAAGUCUUACAUUGAUCUGAAUACAGCAUUACGUCAGACAGCUAAAAACGAGUUUGAAAAGAACUUAUUUAAGCUUAUGAAUAAUGCUGUGUUCGGAAAAACGAUGGAAAAUAUUAGAAAACACUCCAUAGUGAAAUUAGUUAAUAAAUGGGAGGGGCGUUAUGGCGCGGAGGCCUUAAUCGCGAAGCCAGAGUUCAAGGCAGCCACAAUUUUCAAUGAGAAUUUGGUGGCUAUUGAGUUAAAUAAGACCGAGGUCUUCUUCAACAAGCCGAUAUACGUUGGUAUGUCGAUUUUGGAUCUGGCCAAAACCACCAUAUAUGAUUUUCACUAUGAUUAUAUGGUGCCCGAGUUUGGUAACGACUGCUCAGUCCUUUAUACCGACACCGACUCGCUGAUAUAUGAAAUCACCGAUAAAGAUGUCUAUGAAGUCAUGCGUCGCGACUGUCAUACCCGUUUCGACACAUCGGACUACCCCCCUGACAAUAGGUAUAACAUCCCUCAAGUCAAUAAAAAAGUCUUGGGUAUGAUGAAGGAUGAGUUUAAUGGUGUCCCUAUGGAACUUUUCGUAGGUCUUAGAUCUAAAAUGUAUAUGGUUAAACGAGCUGUUGACGAUGACAUGGCUUUAACAAAGAAGAUCAAGGGUAUAAAAAAAUCUAUAAUCAAAAACAUCAUCACGCUCGAGGAUUACCUCGAGUGUGUCGAUAAUUUUAAAAAUAAAUAUAUCAGACAAAAUUUAAUAAAAUCCGAAAAACAUGCAGUCUUCACAAUGACUCAGGAAAAAAUAGCUUUGAGUCCGCACGAUGAUAAACGCUAUUUGAUAAAGGGGUCGUAUGUAACUUUACCAUGGGGCCACUACUCUAUUAUGGAAGAAUAA